CGACCCCCCCAAGCCAUCGCCGUGGCGCCGUUCCAAAGGUCACCGAAACGCAUCAUCGACGCAUCGAACAUAUUCUUGCAUGGCGGGCCUUGCCUGCAUACGGGGAGGCCACCUCGCCAGCCACAAGUCGACCGAGCGUCCAUGCCAACGAAUCUCGACUCGCCACACACCCUGCCUAGCAUCAUGCAACAAAGCGUUGUGUCGGCAUCAUGUUGUUUGCGUCGACCACCGCGCGAUGGACGCGAUGCCGGCAGCGUUUGCCACGUCUUGUGGAGUUUCACGCCUGGUGGUUGGGCUAAAAAUAAGGUGCGUCGGAGCGGUCGACCAAGUCUGGUCGCCGCUGGGCAGACGAGCGAGUUCCGGUGGUGCGUCGCUGCCAUGCGCGCCGAGAUACACCAGCUCCCAUCGCGUGCGUCGGUGAUCGACAGCACUGCUCGAGGGCCGCCGCCCCUGAAAAAGCCCAAGCAUGCCGUAUCGCGUGCGAAGAGGCGGUGGCAGCUCGUGCAACGCCACGUGCAUCUCUUCGCGGCGUCUCUGGCAUGUCCUUCCUUGACGAAGGCCACUUCGAUCCUCGUUGAGGCGACUCUCGCCACGACGGACCCUACAUUGUCGUGGCAAACCAUGAUGGCCCCGCUCGAGGCCCUCGUCAUGGCAAGCUUCCGAACCCCCCAUGUGCGCUUGCACGUUGUUGUGCCCAUAGCAAGUCGUCACAACGCCCCAGCUAUCUUUACAUUUGACGGCCGGCGACUUAUCAACGCGUCCAAGGUCGUGGUCAGCGGCGACAGCGCAAUUCGGCACGUUCUCGAGAGGCGAAAGCCAUUGCACUUGCCAACCACGGCAACGAUACAAGCAUCCACAGUGAAGCUCAUGGACGACGUGGUCCCUUCGCCUGGCAUCCACUCACUUGUGUGCGUGCCAUUUGUGGUGGACGCGACCAGCGGGCACGGCGCUGCGGCGUUGUUUGUCGAAGUGUUCAACGCGGGGUGCGGAGGGCUCGCGUCAGCUGCGUGGUGCGCUGCCGCAGAAGACCCGACCACGACCCAUGGGCUUGCAGGCGUCUGCCACAUCGUCGCGGGCCUCCUUCGUCACUGUCCACAACCGCUGGUCCUUGCAUCGAUCCCCCGUCGAGUUGGCCGCAAUCUGGUGCAUCUUGUCAAGGUUCUCGUGACAUUGGUGGCCCGCGUUAGCCGAUGUCGAGUCUUUGCAAUCGACGAAGACGCCCGCACUCUCUUCUGCCGCUUCCCGGCAUCGCGCGACGCGUUUACAAUCGGCAGCGGCACAAACGCGUCGAUCGAGUUGGCGGCAUCGGCGCGGAGGGUGGUGCACGCGUCGUCGGCGAUUGACGCGCCCCUGCAACGUCCACUGGCAGCACCUAUCGAUCGGUUGUCGUCGCGGGUUUGCAUUCCCAUGGUGGUGCCCGAUACAGUCCAUGCAAUUGGAGUGCUGGACGUUGCCAAAACGAACGGAUCGUUCUUCACACCAAGCGAGGUGUGUGUGUGCGAGUCGCUCGCUGCCCAUUUUGCGGCAGCCCUGCAGGAAGAACGGUCGGCACAUGCCGUCACUGCGUCGCUGAACCACAUGCGCAUCUUGGACGACGUAUCUGCCCUGUCGCUGGACUCGAUGGCAUCCUCUACCUGCAUGCAAUCGACGGAGGCGGUGGUCGCCCGCGCUUUGCACGCGUCCACAUGCCACAUCCGUUGGCGAUGUCGCGCGGACUCGCCAGCGUCCGAGCAACCGCCCCACGCCCUCACCGCCAUCCAAACCAAGCAGCUUGUCAACGUCCACGAAGCAGCGCUUCCCGACGGCACCCGCGGGGCUGCCUUGGCAGUACCGAUCCUGAGUGACCGCAAUGUUGUCCUUGGCAUCGUGUGCGCGACGCACAAACACUUUGACGCGAUCAAGCCGUACUUUGAUAGCUGCGACGACCGCCUUGCCCAAUUCAUUGCACGCACACUGGCUGCGAAGCGCCUUGCGCAUGACGCAGCCCAACGCGAAAACGCCCUCGCAGCGCUCUUGCAACGCAUGGCGUCCCCCACGCUGCCCGAACGCCCCCUUGCCGAGACCCUGGUCGACAUUGAACUGUCCAUGGCUAAAAUUCUAGGCGCCGAUCUCGUCACGGUGCUUGCCGUGGACGGCACGGCCCUCGUCUCGCACAUCCAAAACAAUGGCGAGUGCAUCCGCGACGGCCUCGCCACUUCCGUCGCGUCGACGGCAGCCCCUCUGUUGCUUCCGAGCGCUGGAAUUCCAUGCGUCCGUCGCCACCGCGCGUUUCACCCGGUCAUCGACCAAGGCACAGCCGCGGUGGCGUCGGUGCCCAUCUUCGCGCCGCAUGCGCCGUCCCAGGUCCUUGGCGUGCUGCACGCCGUCCACACCCAUGGCACUUGGGGCAAUUGGCCCCCCCCGAUGGCAUUUCUCGCUGGCGAUAUCGACACGUUGGAGGCCGUGUCCGCGUCGAUCACGGUGCUGGUCGAGAGACUUGCGAUGGAGCAGCUUUUGUUUUCCAUCAGGACACGACGUACGAUGCGCGAAGACGACAAGAGCUUGGACGACAACGUUGGGGCCGACGUGAGUGUGGCAUCGCGCCAGUGUUUUCACCAAGCUAUCCAAGCGCUCGUCGACUCGUGCACGCGGCAAGACGAUGCGACGCCCCCUCGCUUUCAUGUGCAUCCCCCGGCGACGCCUCCGUUGGCCCAUCGUCCCCCAGACACGUCGCUGGCGGACGAGCUCAAGUUGUGGACAUUUGAUCCGUUUCAAGCAGCGUGGCCAAAGGACGUGCUCGUCGAUCAUGCCGUCGCCAUCUUUCAAGAGUUUUCGCUGCAUCAACACUUUCAAAUGGACCGCCCGACGUUGCGGCGAUUUGUCGCUGCGGUCCGCGACCAAUAUCGCGACGUUCCGUACCAUAACUUUUUGCAUGCAUUCACGACGCUCCAUGUGACGUUCCUCAUUGUGCUGGCGCAGUCGCCGCCCGCUCCCGACGCACAAACCCUCCUCGAGCGCCGAGAUGUGCUCGCGCUGUUCAUUGGCGCCAUGUGCCAUGACAUGAACCACAACGGGCGGACCAACGACUUUCAUAUCAAGACGCGAACGGCGACCGCGAUGCUGUACAACGAUCAAUCUGUGCUGGAGAACAUGCAUGCUGCCCACUGUUUUGACACGCUUCGUCGACCAGGACACAAUGUUCUAGAGCACGCGUCGUGCGGCGACUACAUGUUUAUUCGCAAAGCAAUCAUCCGAGUCAUCUUGGCCACCGACAUGGGAGUCCAUGCGUCGAUGAUUCAACAACUGUCCGAGCGAUUUCACCGCGAUGUCUUUCACCCCGACAAAGACAAGGAGCUCCUCCUCAACGCAAUCGUGCAUGCCGCAGACAUUGCCAACCCUGCGCUGGCCACGCCGCUCCACGCAAGAUGGUCGAAUGCCCUCAUGGAGGAAUUCAACGCCCAGUACGAAGAAGAGAUCGCGGUCGGCGUCGCCCCGAAUGCGUACAUGAGUGCCAAAAUCGACUCCCCUGACCAAGCCCGCAUGAACAUGCGGUUCAUCGACCUGUUUUGCUUGCCGUUGUGGCAACACAUGGCACGCUUCCUCCAUGGCCUCGACGGCUGCAUGGACAACAUCCGCGCCAACAGGGCCUAUUGGGCCAUCAAAGCUGACGACAGCACUACUGUAACAUAAGCGAUCGCUUAACCAUCGCAUA